GGAGGACUUCACCAACAAACGACACUCGUCGACGACUCGCAGGACAGCACUCGGGACCGCUUCAGCACGCUUGCAUUCGACGACCUUCAUCAUGUUCUCCAAGGCCCUCCUCUCCAUCGUCGCUCUCGCUGCGUCCUUCACCGCUGCUGUCCCGUCCGCCAACAAGCGGGCUACCUGCAGCGGCGGUCAGACCACUGCUAACGAUGCGUGCUGCGUGUGGUUCGACGUCCUCGACGACAUUCAGAGCAACCUCUUCCACGGCGGCGAGUGUGGCGAGAACGCCCACGAAUCUCUCCGGCUCAUCUUCCACGACGCCAUCGCCUUCUCCCCUGCGUUGACGGCGGCAGGGCAGUUCGGCGGCGGAGGUGCUGACGGCUCGAUCAUGGCCCACACCGACGUCGAGAUUCAGUACGCCGCCAACAACGGCCUUGACGAGAUCAUCGAGGAGCAGCGCCCCUUCGCGCUCAAGCACAACGUGUCCUUCGGCGACUUCAUCCAGUUCGCGGGAGCGGUCGGUGUGUCGAACUGCAACGGUGGCCCGCAAAUCGGGUUCUUCGCCGGUCGCUCGAACGACUCGCAGCCCGCGCCCGACAACCUCGUCCCCCUCCCGAGCGACUCCGUCACCGACAUCCUCGCACGUGUCGCCGACGCGGGCUUCGCGCCCGUCGAGCUCGUCUGGAUGCUGAUCUCGCACACGGUCGCCGCGCAGGACAAGGUUGACGACUCCAUCCCCGGCACGCCCUUCGACUCCACCCCGAGCGACUUCGACGCCCAGUUCUUCGUCGAGUCGAUGCUCAACGGCACCCUCACCCCCGGCAGCGCCCUCCACGACGGCGAGGUCCAGUCGCCCCUCCCCGGAGAGUUCCGUCUUCAGUCCGACUUCCUCAUCGGCCGGGACUCCCGCACCUCGUGCGAGUGGCAGAAGAUGAUCGCCGACCGCGCAAACAUGCUCCAGAAGUUCGAGCAGACCGUGCUCAAGCUGUCCCUGCUCGGGUUCUCUCAGUCGGCGCUCACUGACUGCUCGGACGUCAUCCCGAUCGCGACCGGCACGGUCGCGGACCCCUUCCUCCCCGCGGGCAAGACGAUGGCCGACAUUGAGGCUGCGUGCGCUGCCACGCCCUUCCCUACGCUCUCUGCCGCGCCUGGUCCUGAGACCACCAUCCCUGCCGUCCCCCUCGACUCGUAAGAUGCGGUAACACUAUAUGGUGGCGGGCAGUAAUGUCUGGCACGAUGAACGAACUUGAUUGGAAGUAGAUAACUUUAUGAUCCUUGGUAUUAUGGUGGAACUUGAAGGGCUUCGCGUACGAGCUGAUUAGGUCUAUUUGUUGAACGUGAUGUGAUACGCUAUCGUCUUCGAAAUGCAUUCCCUG